AUGAGUCACAUGAUGCAGCCCGAUCACGAAGCGACGCCUCCUCCUCCCCUCGUCCAUGGUCUUUCCCCUCCAAGGUUAGGUCACACCCCCUUUUUCAGGCCCGCCUGUGGGGUCCCCGACCCCCACAUUCAUGCCCCCCCACGGGCCCCCUAUGGCAAUGAACCAGGACCCCCUCCUCCGCUGCAACACCACCCAAAUUCAAAUUACCCCCACAAUCACCCGGGGCCACCGCCCCCAGGGGAAAAUUCGUCGUCAUCGGCUGCUGGGACCAACGGAGGAAACGGUGGGGGGCCCCCGCAGAACUUCCCCAACCCCCUCUCCUCGGGGGGGCCUCCCUCACACAGCUAUUCGGCCUUCCGGAACAAUCUCCGGACUAACCCCCCGCCAAUGAGCUACUCUGCCAAACGCCUACAGCAACAGCAGCAAUCCACAGUCUACCAUCCCUCUGAUAAAGAACCCGGCGAUGGCUCCCCACCGGAGGGGGAAAAAGUCGAGACAAACGAGGAAGCCCCUCUCAUUGAAGCCAAUCAGGAUUCAGUCUCUUCCACGACGUCACGGAGAAUCCUCCUCGAUGUCCCGCAGUCUCACCGCAGUGUGAGGGAGGAGGGAGGCCAUCGGGAGAGAGGGAAGGAGAGGAGGGGGAGGAGCCGGAGUCGCAGCCACAGCAGAGAGAGAGACGGCCGGAGCGGGAAAUCUGUCCGAUACGUCCGGAAAGAAGACAAGACGAAAAAGAAGAGAUCUCCAAGCCCCAGCUUUGAAGAGGAUUUUGGUGUGAGUAAAGAGACUCUCCUCCACGGGUCCUAUGCCGACUACAUAAAAGAGUACUCGGCCAGGUCUGGUCGUGCCGGUGGGGGCUCUGGGCAAUCCUCCAGCCACCAGCCACACCAGACGCCGGCCAUGUUGGCCAACCUUGCUGCGGCGUACCAAAAGGCACUCAACCAGUUCACGACAAAACUGGCACAGCAGGACCCCUCCAAAAUGCCUCCAAUGGACCCAAAGACCUACUCUCGACUGGUGGAAGAGUUCCUUUCCAAGACCCAGGGAACUAAAUCCAGUCACCGCUAACAAACUCUGCCUUGGGCCGAGCUAAUGUCGGAUCAAUUUUUCUCUAUGUGAUGCCUUUCCUCUUGAGAAAAUGGUUGAACAGUU